AUGGCCAACCCGCUGUCCUGGCUGGGCAGGAAGAUGUCUCUCUUCAAGGUGUGCAAACGGAUGGGACUUGGCUGCUUCCGGUCGCUGCUGGGCUCCUUGCCCAACGUUCACCGGAAGAAAGGAGCCUACAAGCUGCAGGAGGAAAAGGCUUUCCUGGAAGAGAUCAGGGUUUUCCGCGGGAAAAUAGAAGACUUCAGGGCAGAGAUGUGGCAUUUCCGAGGCAAGAUCCGCGCUUUCCAGGAUCAGGUGCUGAGCUCCUGGGAGGAGGAGAGACCUUUCUGGGAAGAGGAGGAGGCCUUCUGGGAGGAGGAGAAAGCCUUCUGGGAAAUAGAAAAGUCUUUCCGGGAAGAGGAGGAGAGCUUCUGGGAGAAGCACUGUCUCUUCUGGAGGGAAGACAAGGCCCUGCAGGAAAUAGACCUGUACCUUCUUCAGGAGGACAAGGCUCUCUGGGAGGAAGGCAAGGCCCUGUGGGUCGAGGAGCGAGCUCUCCUGGAGGAGGAGAAGGCCCUGUGGGAGGACAACAAGUCCCUCUGGGGGGAGGAGAACGUGUUCUGGGCGGAAGGGGGUGGCCACGCUGCUGAGGAGCCGAUGGGUGAGGACGGGCGCCGCGAUGUGCAGAGGGGGCCACGGGCGCCCGCCUCCUCCCGGAGCCGGGCGUGA